AUGGGAGACUUCAACGCCAGAGUCGGCCCAAACGAACCGGACGAGCUGUACAUCGGACGGCACAGUGCUGAACGCCGUAACGACGCAGGCACUCGCCUGGCCGCUUUCGCCGAAGCACAGAAGCUGUACGUCGCAAACUCUCUGUUCGAGAAACCACUCUCCAAACGGUGGACGUGGCAGUCGUCGGACCUGGUGACUAAGAGCGAGCUCGACUACGUGCUGUACGGCGACCGGAGGAGCAUCGAGAACUUGGAGGUGCUCAGCCAGUUCCAUGCCAGAAGCGACCACAGGCUAGUGCGAGCAACCAUACGGGUCGACAUGAGGAAAAUACGAAAAGAAGCGUUCUUCAAAAGACCACGCCGUCCAGCUGAACUGGACAAGGCCAAAUUUCAACGGCUGGUGAACGAAGCCGACUGGAGCGGGCAAGGCGGCGGAAGAACGAUGGAGCAGUACGAGAGCCUUCAAGAGACGCUGACGACGUGUGCGAAGAACGCCGGCACCAGGAAGGAGAGUACACGCAAAUUGUGGAAAACUCCUGAAACAACCGAGCUCCUGAAGCAACUGCAGCAAGCAAAGGCCCGCGAAGAUUCAGAAGAAGCCAAGCGCUUGUCGAAGCUCUGCCGGACGAAGGUCGCCGAAGACUACGAAAAUUACCGCAACAGUCGUCUGCUCCAAACGGCCGAAAAGCGGAAGAGUCUCAAGAAAUGCAGACGGGACAUGACGCAGUCACAGCUCAUCACCGGCGCAUUAGUGGAUGAAAACGGCCAACUUCAGACCGAACGCGAUGCCGUCGAGGAGAUCUGCCGAAACUUCUACACGAAGCUCUUCGAGAGCAAAGUCGUAGUACCAAGACAGCGAAGAGCAGAGCCCAGGACAGAACCAGAAGUGCCUCCAAUAACGGCCGACGAAGUGGAAGCUGCGCUCGUUACGAUGAAAAACGGCAAAGCACCUGGCCCAGACGGAGUGAGAGCAGAAAUGCUGAAAGCAGGCGGACCAACACUGUGGAAGCAGCUAGCACGGAUGUUCACCAGAUGCGUUCGGAAGAAGAAAAUCCCGCCACAGUGGAAGGAGUCUACGACAGUGCUCCUGUACAAGAAGGGCGACGCGAAGAACCUGAAGAACUAUAGGCCGAUUUGCCUCCUAUCCGUCGUGUACAAGCUCUUCACGAAGGUGCUGACCAGACGAAUAACGGAAGACCUGGACCGCGCCCAACCGGUGGAACAGGCGGGAUUUCGGCAAGGAUACUGCACCCUCGACCACCUGCAGACCGUGAACCAGAUCCAAGAGAAGGCUCGAGAGAAAGGCUUACGGCAGUACCUGGUCUUUGUAGACUAUGAAAAGGCAUUCGAUACGGUCGAGACGAACGCAGUGCUAAACGCACUAGAAGCGCAAGGAGUCCACCGACUCUACAUAGACGUCCUGGAAGACAUCUACGAAGACGGCGAGACCUUGAUAACGCUCUUCGACAAGCCGAUAAGGAUCCCAAUACGCCGCGGAGUGCGCCAAGGCGACACGAUCAGCCCAAAGCUAUUCACAGCAGCGCUAGAGAUGAUCUUCAGAGAACUGAGAUGGGACGAGAGAAGAAACGCUGGCAUCACCAUCGACGGCAGGCACCUCACUCACCUCCGCUUCGCUGACGACAUCGUGCUCAUCGGGAAUAGCCGUGCUGAUGUGCAGCGAAGACUCGAAGAGCUAAACGAGAAGAGCGGAGCGGUCGGCCUUCGGAUAAACAAGGACAAGACGGAGUGGUUCGAGUACUUCGAAACCAGCGAGAAAAUCUACCUAGAAGGCGAAGAAAUCCGAAGAGCAAGGUCCUACGUCUACCUCGGGCAGCAACUCUCAGAGGACCACAGUGCCAACAUGAACGGCGAGAUCGGACGCAGACAGAAAGCAGCCUGGCUCAGCUUCAAGAACAUCCAGGAAGUUCUAAAGAAGAUCAGCGACCCGAAACUGCGAGCGAACCUCUUCAACACGACGGUGCUCCCGGCCCUACUCUACGGAUGCGAAACCUGGACGCUGACGAAAAGGCACGAAGAGAAGCUCUCGGUCACGGAGCGGGCAAUGGAACGUCGCGUACUGGGCCUUACGAUGUGGGACCAGGAACGAAACGAAGCAGUACGCGAAAAGACCGGAUUCAUUGACGCCGUCGCAGAGGCCCGAAAAAGAAAGCUGAGAUGGGCCGGCCACGUAGCGAGACGAGAUGACGGACGGUGGACAAAGGCCGCUACCACGUGGAAGCCAAAGAAGAAAGCUCCAAAUAAAUGGGGAAAACCGACCCGCUGGGAGAAGUCGGUAUGCGAGUCAAUCGGCGAAGACUGGCUGAACGCAGCUCAAGACCGUGAAGAAUACCGAAAUCGUAUUCGGCGUGCGACGACGACGUCGCCCCUGCGUCGUGCAAGCGACUGA